AUGGCCUGUGUCCAUUCAGGCGCUUCAGAUCUCAGCCCACCAGGGCCUACCCAGGCUGUUUAUCGAGAGGAUUGCACUCAGUGCUUUGAUUCGAUCGACGAUGCCGCCGGUCUCAAUGUAUGCCUUCAUUGCUUCAACGGAGGCUGUGCUGGGGACAGAGAUCACGCCUUGCUUCACUUCAAGCGCUACGGGCAUGCGCUAGCGCUGAAUAUUCGGCGAACCCCGAAGCAAGUGCAGCGCGAUGAACCUCCCCCCAAAAUUUCGAAACUUGCUAUCGCUGCCGAGACGGACGAAGACCGUUAUGAUAUCGCGACCUCGGUGGUGUGCUAUGCGUGCCCUCGGGAAAAUGUGGACAAGACAACCGGAACCCUGCCUGCAGUGAUCGAGGGUAUCAUGACUGCAAUGACUUUCUCAAAGAGAGAAGAAGUCAAGGCCUGGGAGCAAGAAUUUGUACCUUGCGAGCAUACAUUGUGUCUGGUCCAAGAUGAUGUUGUCGACGCAGAAUCUAAAGAUUCCAGCCAGUGCACAGCGUGCGACUUGCGAGAAAAUCUUUGGCUUUGCUUGGAGUGUGGUAAUACCGCGUGUGGGCGGAGCCAGUUUGGAGGAGCUCAGGGAAACUCCCAUGCACUUGCCCACGCUGACGCUACAUCCCACGCUGUUGCUGUCAAACUAGGAUCAAUCACGGCAGAGGGGUCCGCUGACAUUUACUGUUACAAAUGUAAUGAGGAACGGACGGACCCAGAACUUGCCAGUCAUCUUGCUCAUUGGGGGAUCUAUUUGGCCGGACGCGAGAAGACAGAGAAAAGUUUGAUGGAAAUGCAGGUUGAGCAUAACUUGCAAUGGGACUUUUCCAUGACCACCGAGGAUGGUCGUGAGCUUGUGCCGGUUUACGGCCCUGGUUUCACGGGAUUAGCCAACCUCGGAAAUAGCUGCUAUCUUUCUAGUGUGAUGCAGUGCAUUUUCUCCACUCAGGGCUUCCAGAGCCGAUACUACCGCCCAUCUGAGGAACCGCCGGUCUGCCAGGUCCCAGCACAAGAUAUCGAGACCCAGUUGAGGAAACUUGCAGAUGGCCUUCUCUCUGGCCGGUACUCUCGACCAGAUCCCCGUGUUAUUGCAUCUGCUGCCGCGUCAGAAGUCCACCCCUCUUCAUCUCAUCAAAAGGGGUUAAUGCCAGCUAUGUUCAAGUAUCUCGUUGGGCAAGGUCACCCGGAGUUUGCCACAAUGAGGCAACAAGAUGCAUUUGAAUUUUUAUUACAUCUGUUCAAAUCCGUCAGCCUUUCGAAGCACACUGAUGACCUGGCCAACCCCGUGGAAAACUUCCGAUUUGAGGUUGAGCAGCGCCUACAAUGCCUCGGGUGUAAGAAAGUUCGUUACAAGGUAGAUGAACAGGACAAUAUUUCCGUGGCAGUGCCCGCACGUCGUAUCUCAGGCGAAAAAGAUCAGUUCGAAUCGGUGACAUUGUCCGAGUGCUUGGACAUCUUCACUGCGGAGGAAGUUGUUGAGCUUACUUGUCCAGCAUGCGAGAGUCAAGCCGGGUUUUCCAAGCGGUCCACAUUCAAGACUCUACCCCAAGAGCUUGCUGUCAAUGCCCGUCGCUUUGAGCUGGUCAAGUGGGUACCGACAAAGUUAGAUAUCCCUGUUAUCGUCAGCGAUGAGCCAAUGGACUUUGGUCCAUACCUGACUGGAGCGCAUGACCCCAAUGAAGAACUUCUUCCGGAGGUUAAAGAAAGCGCAAAGUUUGUACCCAACCCGGAGGUCCUUGAUCAACUUUUGGCUAUGGGUUUCCCCGUACCACGGUGUGAAAAGGCUCUCCACGCAACUGGCAAUUCUGACCCGGAGGCUGCUAUGAAUUGGCUCUUUGCCCACAUGGAGGAUCCAGAUAUCGAUGAACCUCUAGUGCUGGAUCAAUCUGCCGGCGGGGCCAAGGCCGUGGAACAGGAUGAGUCCAAAAUCGCCCAACUAGGUGAGAUGGGGAUUGAUGCCUCUCGUGCUCGGCGGGCUCUCGCUGCCACUGAUGGCGAUGUUAACCGGGCUGUGGAUUGGGUGUUUACCCAUCCCGAUGAUGGUGACGAUGAGAUGGAGAGUGAAAACGACGGUCCCGCUCGAACUCAACAAGGCCCAUUCGGAUACGACACCUUGCCUGCUCGGUAUCAACUACGGUCUAUCGUGUGUCAUAAAGGCUCAUCUGUUCACGCAGGUCAUUAUGUGGCCUUUAUCCGCAAAUCUUUGGCAGGCGAAGACUCUCCGUCAUGGGUACUCUUCAAUGACGAAAAGGUCGUCGAAUGUGAGAAGAUUGAUGAUAUGAAGAAGGCUGCCUACCUGUAUUUCUUGACUCGUGUCUAG